CCUGCGGCGCCGGCAGGACCCCCCUCUGAGCCCAAGAUGGCGGCGCCCAGCGAAGCGGCCGCCGCGGCCGCCGGGGACGGGGACGGCGAUGGCGGGAGCACUAACUUUGGAGCGUGGCUGGACGGACGGCUGGAAGCUCUGGGGGUGGACCGAGCCGUGUAUGGCGCCUACAUCCUGGGUGUCCUGCAGGAGGAGGAGGAGGAGGAGAAGCUGGACGCGCUGCAGUGCAUCCUCUCCGCUUUCCUGGAAGAAGAUUCUCUCCUGAACAUCUGCAAGGAGAUUGUGGAACGAUGGUCCGAGACGCAGAAUGUCGUCGCCACUGUGCAGAAAGAUGAGGUCCAGGCCAUCGCCACCCUCAUUGAGAAGCAGGCGCAGAUUGUGGUGAAGCCCAGGAUGGUGUCGGAGGAGGAGAAGCAGAGAAAAGCCGCACUUCUGGCCCAGUAUGCUGACGUGACGGAUGAAGAGGACGAAGCAGAUGAGAAGGAUGACUCCAGUGCCACAGUGAGCCUUGGUUCUGACAGAUCUCUUUUCCGCAACACCAACGUGGAAGAUGUCCUCAAUGCCCGAAAGCUGGAGCGGGACUCGCUUCGGGAUGAGGCCCAGAGGAAGAAGGAACAGGACAAGCUGCAGAGGGAGAAGGACAAACUGGCCAAGCAGGAGCGCAAGGAAAAGGAAAAGAAAAGGACACAAAGAGGUGAACGGAAGCGGUAACCUUGGUGGGCUCUGUCCUCUCCCCCCGCGGACUGGAUCAAAGAACUGCUUAUGCACAUGCGUAUUUUAGAGAAAUGCAAGGACACUGUGGAGUGGCCACCCAGGGCUUACCUCCUCUUGUUUACAUAGCCAAAAGGAAAAUCACAAACACUUCAGCGUACAAAGUGUGCCGUGUCUCUGUGGUUUAAGUCAUCGUGCGAGGGGUUGAUAUCUACCAAAGAGCUGGGAUGGGAGCAGCCUUUCUAUUUUAGUAGCAAAAUUACGUGCUCCUUUUGAGCACUUCGUAAAGUCUUCCGUCACCUUGAUAGACAGCAGGGAUAUCCCAAAAGCUGACAGGACAGUUUUCAUCCUGAAGGAGCAGAAACCAGCACCUCUAGGAGAUGAAACUUGGGAAUAGAAAUGGCUUCCAAAACUUUUGUCCUGGAAGGUUUAAGGUACUGUGACUGAGUAGAGAAAGCUAAUUGGAAGCCCCACCUGGAUCCGGAAUUGUAUGUAACCUGGCAACAGAUUGGGAAUGGCAGGUUAUCUAGUCAUUGAGGUUUUCAUUUUCUUCUUUUUUUUUUUUUUUUUGAGCAUUUUAGCCUAUAGGAGGAAAAGAAGUAUCCUUUAAAGUAGAGAUGAUCACAUGUUUUUCCUCUAGGCUGUGAUUUUAAGAAGGAAGCGUUAAGUGAGAAGAUAUCAUCGUUAACUAGAUUCUCAGUUUUCAUAAUCAUGAAUCCUCAAGUGCUACUAGAGACUUGAAUCCUGAUAUGCCCUAAAACAUAGGCUUGAUAAUUACAGGCUUAGAGAAGCCAGAGGAACCAUUGUUUAAGAAACACUGGAAUGCUCUGCUAACAUAAACAAGAGAAUGUAUGUAGUAGAUGCUCAAGAAACUUGAGAGUGGAAAAACUGCUUUUGAGAGUCAAAAGUGUGCAGGAAUUCUCCAUGUCCACUUUAAUCACAAUCCACACAGGCGUGUGUCUACUUUAAGCAGUAGACUGUCAAGAAACCUGGACAGCAAUUUCCAUGACAAAAUGAAUUAGUUAUACCAGGGGUUGGAACGCUACUGCCCUCAAAGCCAAAUUUGGCUCAGUCUUUUUUUAAUGGUGUGAUGGUUUUUAUAUUUUUAAAGGGCUGUGAAAGAAUGGGACAUACGUAGCCUGUAAGGCCUAAAAUAUUUUAUCUGGCUCAUUGGAGGAAAAGUUUGCCAACCUCUGUUUUAAUCUGUUAACUAUGAGAUUAACAACAACAGCAAAAUACCCCAAAAUUUUACCUUUGUGUAGAAGGUGAAAAGAAGCAUGGUUAAAGGAAAGACGUGUUACCUCUAUACGCUCCUACAAUGGUGGCAUUGAAGAAAAAUUUUUUAAACUCCUUUUAAAAAAAUAAAUUUUAUUUAAAUCAC